GCGAAGAUGCUGAAAGUCACGGCGCCCUCGCGCUCGCCCGCGUCCCGCUCCUCCUCCUCGGCCGCCUCCGGCGCGGGCCCCGCGGCCGCCGGCCUCGUCCCCGACUACUGGAUCGACGGCUCCAACCGCGACGCGCGCAGCGACUUCUUCGACGUCGAGUCGGAGCUGGGACGGGGUGCUACAUCCGUUGUGUACAGAUGCAAACAGAAGGGGACCCAGAAGCCUUAUGCUCUCAAAGUGUUAAAGAAAACAGUGGACAAAAAAAUCGUAAGAACUGAGAUAGGAGUUCUUCUUCGCCUCUCGCAUCCAAACAUUAUAAAACUUAAGGAAAUAUUUGAAACCCCUACAGAAAUCAGCUUGGUCCUAGAACUCGUCACAGGAGGGGAACUCUUCGACAGGAUUGUGGAGAAAGGCUAUUACAGUGAGCGAGAUGCUGCAGAUGCCGUUAAACAAAUCCUGGAGGCCGUGGCUUACCUACAUGAAAAUGGCAUCGUCCACCGUGAUCUCAAACCAGAGAAUCUUCUCUAUGCAACUCCAGCCCCAGAUGCGCCACUCAAAAUUGCCGACUUCGGACUCUCUAAAAUUGUGGAACACCAAGUGCUCAUGAAGACAGUGUGUGGAACCCCGGGGUAUUGCGCACCUGAGAUUCUCCGAUGCUGUGCCUACGGGCCGGAAGUGGACAUGUGGUCUGUAGGAAUCAUUACCUACAUCCUACUUUGUGGAUUUGAACCAUUCUAUGAUGAAAGAGGUGAUCAGUUCAUGUUCCGGAGAAUUCUGAAUUGUGAAUAUUACUUCAUCUCCCCCUGGUGGGAUGAAGUAUCGCUAAAUGCCAAGGACUUGGUCAGAAAAUUAAUUGUUUUGGAUCCUAAGAAACGGCUGAAUACGUUUCAAGCCCUCCAGCACCCGUGGGUCACAGGUAAAGCGGCCAACUUCGUCCACAUGGACACUGCUCAGAAGAAGCUCCAAGAAUUCAAUGCUCGGCGCAAGCUAAAGGCUGCGGUGAAGGCGGUGGUGGCCUCUUCUAGACUGGGCAGUGCCAGUAGCAGCCACAGCAGUACCCAGGAAAGCCAGAAGGCCAGCCCAGAGCCAUGUCCAGCUCGGGACGACAAGAAGGACAUCAAAACUCUUCCAGAAGAGGAGAAGCUUCGAGACGGGGGAGCCUACGAGGUGCUUGAGAGCGGAGAGGCCCAGUCCAUGACGUCACAGUCCUCGGAGGAGGACGUGGAUGCGGCCCCCGUCCCCAGGGAGGCCCCCCAGGCGUGGGGAGGUGGGAUCAAGGUGGCUGACGCGGACACGGAGAAUGACCAAGACUCCGAGAAUGAGCUGGACACAGAGGACGACUCCGAGGAGGAGCUGAAGACGCUGAGAGAAGCCCGCAAGGGAGAGCAGGAAGACCCCGACAUGGAACUGGGACUGCCCCAGCCGGACGGCCUCCUGCCCGAGUACUGAGCUGGCCUCCUGCCGGGGUACUGAGCUGGCCUCCCGCAGACCUGCAGGCCAAACCUUGGCAUUUUCAUUUACUUUGUCCUUCGGCAAGGAGGGCGUGGAAGCAUGACAUGCGCUGUAGUGAUUCUGUUUUUGAGGUGCAAAAAAAAACAAAAAAAAACCCACAAAAAAAACCCAUGUAUACCAGUUGGUAACCCUAACCAAUGCAUGUGACUGCUUUAUAAAAGUAAUAGUGUUUUCUAUGGCAUGUAAUGGAUCCCUUACACCGAUGAGUUAAUUGAAGUUGCAAGUAAACACAACACUUAGAAUCUCAUCUUCAGCAGCCGGUGGCACAGAUUUGAAGUGACUAGUAACAAAUUGAUCUUUUCCUUGGAAAAAUCUAUCCGUUUCAUAUCCGUUAGAUUUCUUCAAAGGCAGUAAUGAUGCCUGUGAACUACUGUACAACCGUUACCAGCCCUAAGAGGUUUUCAUGACUCUCCCAACGUUCAUUUUUCAUCAUUAAUGUGUUCAACUGUUUAAAAGGAGCAGGUUAGAGGGGAGAAUUGUACAGGAGGCACAGAAAUUUCCAUUUGCAAUGGUAAAAAAAUGGAAACAUUCUCGAAAGGGGCAAGCACCCAUAAACUCCUAAAGCUUAUGGGGACCAAAACUUUGUACAUCAUUUUCACACGGGCUAUAUGAUAAUAGUAAACUUGUUCUACUAUAAAAGCUGCCAUUUUACAAUCCCAGAGAAGGGUUUUUAAACUCAUCGUGAGUUUUCUUUUUCCUUCGCCUGCUUUCCAAGAAGAUGGCGUCCAAGUGGAUAGAACUUAGGUGAAGAUUAAAACAAAAAUGUAGAGAAGCAACUAAGCUAAAACUGAGAGCUAGAUAAGUCAUGACACAAUUGUGUCUGUCAUUUAUACAAACUUACGGACAAGAACUUUUUAUGGGCAAAACUGUGUAACUAACAAGCUUCGAAUACUUAGAUGUCCAUUCCACAGAUUGGUGCCAAAACUCUUUAGAAAGAAUGAGGACAGCACAUUGCAUGCCGCACAAUUCAUUGCACAUGGUACACAACAGUAUCUCCCCUUUCAAAUGAUGGUUACCUAGGUUUAUGAACUUAAAGAUUAUAAAAAGUACAGUAUAUUUUUUCCUCA